AAAAUUUCCCUUCAGUGGAAGUAAGGGGCCGAGUCCAACCUUUGAAACACAGUCCCAUACCACAGUUAAAUUCAAUAAUGAAGAUGUUUGUCCAAAUACUUUUGUCUUUAUAGUGUCCAUCAAAUGCAAAUGAGUACACCCAAGCUUUGACAAAGCAGUUUGCAGAAAGAGACAAAUGUUUUUAUCCUGAUUGUUUGGUGGUGUUCCAUUUCAUGCUUUUUUUACUUUUAUAAAAUAGGGAACAAAUGUCAGCCCAAUUUCCUUGUGCUUUGCAACAGUUGCGGAUCCGUGACGAUCCAUUUUAAUGUCUGGCAGACCUUGCAGUGAAAUAAUACAUCACAGAACAAUAACAGAAUAUAUCGUAUUUAAAAUGUGUAGCAAAAACGAGUACUCUGCCUCUGAUAUUUAGGGGUUGGAAAAUAUUUGUCUUGCAGAUUUCAUAAUACCAAAGCUCACAGCCAUAUGGAAGACAUGUGAUCUUUCUCAUGAUACAAGAUUGAGUUAUUUUUUAAUGCAGUGCGUUAAAUCAAAGCAUAACAUUGUUUGUGAUAUGUUUUCAAGCACAUGUGUACAGUUUACAGACUGUAGCAGUUAAAUGCUGGUCUAUGGCUUCAGCACUGUUGGAAUGAAGGCAUUACUUGUUUCAAACUGCAGAAUUACAAACUGAUUAGUGUUUUCUCAAAAUAUGUGAUCAAGAGAAAGCAUGUGUGAAGACAAUAAAAAUAUCACAGUUUUUCUUUACGAUCUUUAGCCAAAUAGAUGAGAAUGUAAACAACGAAGAUAAAAACACGAGCGUCAGUUCAUCACGUAACUUUGAGUUAAAAUGCACCAAUAAGAGAAGAAAGUUGCAGUGGAUGUAACAUUUAUCGACUCAAGACAUCAACCUUGAAUAGUUUGUUCGUUCUUUCUGCUUGUUGGUUGCAAACGCGAACCUUUUUCGAGUUAUUUACAAGAUGUUUACUGCAUAUUAACGUAUUUAUUUGUUUUUGUCUAUACUGGGAAGAUGACAUUAUAUCUUGUGCCAGCAUUCAUAAUAGCAUAAACCAACAAUAGUAAAGCGCCAUUUUUCUCUAUUUUGUUUCUUUAAUGUAAUUAAAGUCACUGAAUCUACCUAAUCCAUAUUUGUAAAGAAAAAAAAUCGCCUUGUUAUACCCACACAGAUACUGAUGGUGUCAGUGUGUACCAGCAAACGAGAAGGCUCGGUGAUUCUCCACCCUUCUGUCCCUACGAAUUUAAAGGCUGACUCUGCUUUUGUGUACCGCAGCUCAUAAAACCGCUUCGUGUGGGACUUCAGUGACAUUUUGUGUUUACUGGGAGGAAUCACGAAUGCAUCGUUGAUAUAUUUUGACCUUCUUGGCGGUAUCUUUUACGUAUAUGUGGUCUCUCUGGCAGUAACAAUGGGAUACAGCAGAUUUGCGGUGCUGUGCGGCCUCGCUUUUAUUUUCCUUGUCGUCCACCCCGUCUGUGGAGACGUGAGCUACUCGAUCCCGGAGGAGAUGAAACGUGGAUCUGUAAUCGGAAAUCUCGCUAAGGAUCUGGGACUUGAUUUGGACAGACUGUCUGCACGCAAAGCCCGCAUCGAUACUGAGGAUAACAGUGUGAAGUACUGCGGUGUGAAUCUCAACACCGGAGACUUGAUCGUACAAGAGAGGAUUGACAGAGAGGGGCUUUGUGCCAAAAAGGCAUCUUGUGUUGUGAAACAGGAGCUCGUACUGGAAAAUCCCUUAGAGCUGCACCGUAUUAGUAUCCGCGUUCAAGAUAUUAAUGAUAAUUCACCCCAGUUUAAAGAGGAGUCGCUGAAAUUGGAAAUUCAGGAAUCUGCGGACAAGGGUGAGCGUUUCCUCUUGGAUGAGGCGCACGAUGGAGACAUCGGAGAAAAUGCUGUUCAAGGCUACUCGCUGCAGCAGAAUGAUUAUUUCAAAUUAAAUGUAAACACAAAAGCAGGUGGGCGAAAAUAUGGUGAGUUAGUGUUAGACAAAGAAUUGGACCGAGAGGACAACAAAGAGAUUACGUUACUGCUUACUGCAUUUGAUGGCGGCUCUCCUCAGAGAUCAGGUACUGUAGUCAUCCACGUUACUGUGCUGGAUGCUAAUGAUAAUGUACCAGUGUUCAGCCAGGCCGUUUACAAAGCCAGUCUGCCUGAGAACUCUCCUCUGGAUACACUGGUGAUCACAGUGAGUGCUACUGAUGCAGACGAGGGAGUGAACGGAGAAGUUAUUUACGGAUUUGAUCAUGUUUCAGAUGAAAACGAACUUUUCUCUCUGAACCCUAAAACUGGAGAGGUUAAAGUGGCUGCAGCUGUUGACUAUGAAAGGGAAUCAUCAUAUGAAAUGCAGAUCAGCGCUAAAGAUGGUCUGGGAUUGGCGUCAUAUGCAACGUUAAUUAUUGAGAUUACUGACAUAAAUGACAACGCACCAGUCAUACAACUGAAAUCACUGACAAAUCCCAUACCUGAGAACGUAUCACCUGGUACAGAGGUGGGCAUCAUUAACGUGCAGGACAGAGACUCUGAGAACAACCGACAGGUCCGCUGCUCCAUUCAGCAAAACGUCCCUUUUAAGUUGGUUCCUUCUAUUAAAAACUAUUAUUCUCUGGUGAGCACAGGACAGCUGGACCGUGAAGUGGUGUCUGAUUACAACAUUACAAUCAGUGCCACUGACGAGGGCUCUCCACCUCUGUCCUCGUCUAAAACUGUUCAGUUAUCUGUAGCAGACAUCAACGACAACCCACCUGUGUUUGAGGAGCAGUCGUACAGCGCAUAUGUGAGUGAAAAUAACAAACCUGGCUCCACUUUAUGUUCCGUGAGUGCUCGAGACCCCGACUGGAGACAGAACGGUACAGUGAUUUAUUCUCUGUUAGCCGGUGAGGUGAACGGUGCCCCGGUGUCCUCUUACGUGUCUGUGAACGGAGACACGGGGGUGAUCCACGCUGUGAGGUCGUUUGAUUAUGAGCAGUUGAGGAGUUUUAAAGUCCACGUGAUGGCCCGAGACAACGGUUCUCCUCCUCUGAGCAGCAACGUGACCGUCAGUGUGUUCGUAUCGGAUGUGAAUGACAACUGUCCUCAGAUCCUGUACCCCGCCCCGGAGGGCAACUCGUUCAUGACCGAGCUGGUCCCCAAAGCUGCCCACGGAGGCUCUGUGGUGUCCAAAGUGAUCGCGGUGGACGCGGACUCCGGCCAGAACGCCUGGCUGUCUUAUCAUAUCGUGAAGUCCACUGAUCCGGGACUUUUCACUAUUGGUGUCCACAGCGGAGAGAUCAGGACACAGCGGGACAUUUCUGAAUCUGACAGCAUGAAACAGAACCUUAUUGUGGCAGUGAAAGAUAACGGCCAGCCCUCUCUGUCUGCCACAUGUUCCAUGUAUUUACUGAUUUCUGACAACUUGGCUGAGGUGCCCGAACUGAAGGAUAUUUCUUACGAGGAGAAGAAUUCCAAACUGACGUCUUACCUUAUUAUCGCUCUGGUGUGUGUGUCCACGUUUUUUCUGACGUUCAUCAUCAUCAUCCUGGGUGUGAGGUUUUGUCGUAGGAGAAAGCCCAGACUGUUGUUUGAUGGAGCAGUCGCCAUCCCCGGCGCUUAUCUCCCUCCUAAUUACGCAGAUGUUGACGGCACAGGAACUUUGCGCAGCGCUUACAAUUAUGACGCAUAUCUGACGACAGGAUCAAGAACCAGUGACUUUAAGUUUGUGACGUCUUACAAUGACAACACGCUGCCUGCUGAGCAGACUCUGAGGAAAAGUCCAAGUGACUUUGCAGAAGUGUUUGGAGAUUGUGACGGCUCUCCUGAGGUAGGAACACAUUAAAAUCACUGAUCUCGCGUUCAGCAUACUGAAGAAGCCAUUAUGUUUGUGCAUUUUUUUUAAUAGAGGAGAGUGUGAUGACUCUGGGGUACAAACAGGAGUACUUUGGAUUUUUUUGCUCCGUUCAAGAUCCAGCUCUUAUCUUCACAGCUCCAAUUCAUGGUGAAUGUUGUGUUUGCCUCAGUGUUAUUUGGGGGAAAAAAAAGUUUAAAGCUUCCAAUGUGUUUAAUAAUUCUAAGGAGAUACCAGCCAGACUUUGUUGAUGUUAAAUUUAUUUAUUCAUUUGGAGAGGUGGAGGUAUGAAUAGCUUGCCUGACUUUGAUUUUUGUUAAUUAAAAUGAUCUUGACCAAACAU